GAGGCUCAAGCGAGCCCCUUUUGCUUUUGGACGGCGCACACAUACGGACGAAAAUAAAAUUACCUCUUGCCAUUUCACUUUCAUCUCUCGAAAAUGGCCUUUUCUACACUGGCAAAAAGCUUCCAGGUGUGCUCUCGUAGCCAUGCCAUUAUUUUCACACGUGCCAGCCGAAAGGCCUCCACAAAUGUUGGCUUCAUUGGUCUUGGAAACAUGGGCGGCUUCAUGGCGAAAAACCUGAUGAACAAGGGCCACAAACUCGUAGUUUAUGAUGUGUCAAAAGCGGCCACCGAAGCGUUGGCCAAGGCCGGAGCUACCGUUGCCAAAAAUCCGGCUGAUGUUGCUGCCCAGUCUGGCACCGUUGUCACCAUGCUGCCGAACAACGACAUCGUUACCAAUGUGUACACCGGAAAAGACGGAGUCUUUGAGGGUCUCCAAAGUGGCUCGAUUCUUCUGGAUUCUAGCACUGUCGAUCCCUCUGUCCCCACCGCUCUUGAAAAGAUUGCCAACUCCAAGGGCUCCUUCUUCCUCGACACACCUGUCUCUGGAGGUGUGAUCGCUGCCCAGUCCGGCGAGCUGACCUUCAUGGUCGGAGGCGACAAGCAGAUAUUCGAAAAGGCGCAGGACGUGCUGAGCGGCAUGGGCAAGAAGCUGGUCCACUGCGGAGGCAUCGGCAUGGGUCAGGCCGCCAAGAUCUGCAACAACAUGCUGCUGGGCAUCAGCAUGGCCGGCGUGGCUGAGGCGAUGAACCUUGGCAUCCGUCUCGGCCUUGACGGAAAGCAGCUCAUGGACAUCAUCAACAACAGCACUGGACGCUGCUGGUCGUCUGAAAUCUACAAUCCUGUUCCUGGAUUGAUGCCAAAUGUUCCCUCUGCUCGGGACUAUGAAGGUGGAUUCUACAGCGGCCUCAUUGCCAAGGAUCUUGGUUUGGCUCAGGGCUUGGCGACUCGCACAGGCUCACCGAUUCCGAUGGGCGCUCUUGCCUCUCAAAUCUACCGCCUCAUGUGCAAAGCUGGUCUGGAGGUGCGUGACUUCUCCAGCGUUUACAAGUUCAUCCAGGAUGGUCAAAAAAUCUAGAUCACAAGGUCCCAAAUUGUAUUUUCGGUGAAAGGAUUAGAUCUGUCAUCAGCCGGGAAGGGAUGAGAAUUUAAAUCAAAAAGCCUUAAAUAUUGUCUUCCAAGCAGCUCAAAUAGUGCCUUGCCUGCUUUUAAAUAAUGCCACGUUAUUUUUGUUACCCAGUGCCAUUUAAUUUUUUUGAUAAAUUUUCUGUCCAUAGUUUAAACACUCUUGAGCGUGAUAUUUUUCUGAAUAAAACAAAAGAUCGCUUAACUUAAA